ACUCUCAAUAGUCGUUCGUAGCUGUGACACUCCUUCCGCCAACACAGCACCCUGCAAUCUACAGCCAUACAACUUAUAGCCCCCACCCAAGUCCUCCUUCGAUACCACACACACACACACACACACACACCAUACACACACAAUACACACACACCACACACCAUGCCCUCCUCAUUCUCCUCGCAAACCUUCUCCUCAAGCUCGUCCUCGAUAAACGGCCGCACCACCUCGCGCACACAGUCCACGUACAGCGAUGCAAGCGGCACGCGCGUGCACCAGACGACCCGCGAACCGGGCCGCGCGCCGCGCGAGGAGCGGUUCGAGCUCGGUAGUGAUGGGAGGAGGCUUGCAGACGGCAACUCGGGGCGGAUUACGGACGUGAGCGAUGUGGAGGAGAAGGAGGAGAAGGAGGCGAGGGAGAGGGAGAACGAUAGACUGUAUGAGGAGAGAAUCGAGGAGGAGUAUGCCAAGCGAGAGGGCGGUGCGUGAGGGCGGUGCAGGGGGGUGUGCACGCGCAGGGUAACGGAUCACGAGACUGGUUAAUGCUAGGAAAUUUCACUCCUGCGGCUUCUCUUCUCUUCCCUUUGCUUGUCUUCU